AUGACCAAAAUUUUGAGUAGCAAUGAUGACUGUGCCGAUGAUCAGAUUGUGGAAGCUUCUUCGAAGUUUUUCGACACCAUUGACAUGGUGCUUAUGAAGUUGAAGGGUAGUGCUACUGCUCGUAUUGAAACUCAAAAGUACGUGGCGGAAUUGAAUGAACUGAAGGAAGAGGUUCAGGACAUUGUCGACAGUCCGGAUUUGUAUGUGGGUUCCACCGUGCAGGCCAACAAGACCAAAGAUGAACGAUUGAUUGCCUCGGUGCCUGCUUCCGCUCCUUCGCCUGUGGCUACGACCACCUUUGCGCCCGUCUGUGUCUGCGCCGUAGUCUUCUGUCGCGCCUUCAUCCUCCGCGCCUGGCUUUGUGCCGACUUCGUUUACCUUUCUUUUGCGCCUAUACCCAUCCCUUCCUCUUCGCCCGUUUCUGCUUCCGCAGCUGUGUAUUCGCCGUUGUCUUUUGUCGCGCCUUCAUCCUCCCUGUCUGGCUUUGAGGCGACCUCGUUUGCCUUUUCUUUUGUGCAUGUGGUGACACCUGUGCAGCUGUCCAACGACCACCAAGAACAAAGCUCCUUCUUGGGCGAGGAAGAACAAACCGAAGACGAUGAUUACAUCGAUGAUCCGAUGGAUAUUGAUACCAACGAAGAAAUGACGGACUGGAUGGACGUCGACCAUCCAGGAGAACUGGUCGACUGGAUGAAAAUCGACCAAUAG